AGCUGGCUAGCUAACAUUAGCCGGUUAGCUAAUGUUAGCCGGUUAGCAGGGAGGCAGCUAGGAGCGAAGACAGGCAGACGGAGGAAGAGGAAUAAAUGAGCAGCAUCUCUACAACAGUUUCUUGGUUUGUCAGCUGAUGUAACGCAGCGACCGGCUGACAGCUUCGCUCCAGCAGGUUCUUCUUAUCUUCUUCUUCUUCUGCUCGAGUGUUUCUAUUCCGGGUUUCUUCCAUCUUUGGUCGGCUGCUUUCUCUGUCGCUCCGCCUCUGGCUGUUAUAAAGCGCCGUCGUCCUCGCCUCCCUCCGUCUGACCUCACGCUCUGCAGCGGCAUGGCUCCCAAGAAAGUGGAGGCAAAGAAGCCGGAGGUGAAGAAGGUGGAGGUGAAGAAGGAGGAGGUGAAGAAGGAGGAGGCGAAGAAGGAGGAACCUCCCCCUCCCCCCAAACCGGCCGAGCCUGAGCCCAAACCGCCGGAGGUGGACCUGAAGAGCAUCGUGGUGGAGUUCUCCGCCGACCAGAUCGAGGAGUUCCGUGACGCUUUCACGCUGUUCGACGAGACGCCCGCCGGCGAGAUGAAGAUCACCUUCGCUCAGUGCGGAGACGUGCUGCGAGCGCUCGGACACAACCCCACCAACGGCGAGGUGCUGAAGCUGCUGGGGAGGCCGAAGGCGGAGGAGAUGCACUCCAAGCUGCUGGACUUCGACACCUUCCUGCCCAUGCUGCAGCACGUGGCGCGCUCCAAGGAGCAGGGCACCUUCGAGGACUUCGUGGAGGGGCUGAGGGUCUUCGACAAGGAGGGGAACGGCACGGUGAUGGGGGCGGAGCUCCGCCACGUCCUCGCCACGCUGGGAGAGAAGAUGACAGAGAACGAGGUGGACCGGCUGAUGGUGGGACAGGAGGACGCCAACGGACUCAUCAACUACACCGAGUUUGUCAAGCACAUCCUGGCCGGCUGAACACACCUUCUCCUCCUUCUCCUCCUUCUUCUUCUCCUCCUCCUUCUUCUCCUCCUUCUCCUCCUCCUUC